GCGGUCCGUCCGGUCACGUGGGCCGCAAGAUGGCGGCCCCCAGAGCGCGCUGCCAGCAUUGCGGCCCGUGAGGCGGCCGCGGCGGCUGCGGAGGAGACCGGGCGGCGAGGUCUGCGUUUCUGGAGCUCGUUCGGGCGAUCGGCGGCGGGGAGCACGGUUCUUGUGCCGAGAGGAGCCUCGGAAGGAACAAGGCGUGCACCAUGGUGACGGAGCAGGAGGUGGAGGCCAUUGGGCAGACACUGGGUGACCCCCAGCAGCCCCUGCAGGCCCGCUUCCGGGCACUCUUCACACUGAGAGGGCUUGGCGGCCCAGACGCCAUUGCCUGGAUCAGCCGGGCCUUCAGGGAUGACUCCGCCCUGCUCAAGCACGAGCUGGCCUACUGCUUGGGCCAGAUGCAGGACCGCCGAGCCAUUCCUGUGCUGGUGGAAGUGCUGCGUGACACCCACCAGGAGCCCAUGGUGCGCCACGAGGCAGGGGAGGCUUUGGGCGCCAUCGGGGACCCAGAAGUUCUGGACAUUCUGAAGCAGUACUCCGCCGACCCUGUUGUCGAGGUGGCUGAGACGUGCCAGCUGGCUGUCUGUCGGCUGGAGUGGCUGCAGCAACACAGCGGGGAGCCAGCAGCAGCGGGGCCCUACCUCUCCGUGGACCCGGCCCCUCCGGCCAAGGAGCGGGAUGUGGGGCGGCUGCGGGAAGCGCUGCUGGACGAAGCCUUGCCGCUGUUCGACCGAUACCGAGCCAUGUUCGCCCUCCGGGAUGCCGGCGGCGAGGAGGCUGCCCUGGCGCUGGCUGAGGCUUCUCUGACGGCACCACACAGCCAGCAACUCCUCUGCUCCCUCCCGCAGGCCUUCACUGUGGCAGCGCCCUCUUCCGCCAUGAGAUCGGCUACGUUCUCGGCCAGCUGCAGCAUGAGGCGGCUGUGCCCCAGCUGGCUGCGGCCCUGGCCCAGAGGACCGAGAGCGCCAUGGUGCGACAUGAGUGCGCGGAGGCCCUGGGAGCCAUUGCCCGCCCCACCUGCCUGGCUGCCCUGCGGGCCCACGUGGCCGACCCCGAGCGCGUGGUGCGGGAGAGCUGCGAGGUGGCCCUGGACAUGUACGAGUAUGAGAGGGGGCCGGCCUUCCAGUACGCGGACGGGCUGGAGCAGGUGCGCACGCCCUCCUCCUAGAGCUACUGCCGGGGCCUCUACCUGAGGACUCAGCAUAUAAACUGAGUUUGUGUGAAUCGGAUCUUGCUUCCCUGGCUCCCUGAACCUGCUCACUUGGCCGGAUCUCAGCAGCUUUUGCAUCUUGAUUAACCCCAGGACGAGGCUGAGGUCUCUGCUGUCCCGACUGAGGGCCUAGCACAGGCUGCAGUGUACGGGCGGGAUGUCAGCAUGGGAGCGAGGAUCUGGGGGUGGGGGUGCAGGGGUGGGGCUGUGCUCUGGGGAGGUUGUGUGGCCCAGCUUCUCCAGGAAUGAGGGGGUGCAGAGAAAGGCACUGUGGGGAAUCUGUGCCUGGUGGGCCUGGGCGGGGUCUGGGCCUCUAACUCCCCACCUGGGGCCCUGGGUGGGCUGGGCUAGGGACUUGGGACACGUGACAAACAGGCCCCAGGCACUGCUUACGUGGAAUAUUAAAUUAUUUUUGCCGAGCAGUCA